CUCAGUGAACAAUUUUGGAGGUGUACAGCCGCGCAGGAGAGCGCUUAGCUACAUUGUAGCAGCCCGACGAACAAGGGGGUAGUUCGAUUAGAGUUUAAGCGAUUCUUCAUCGUGACGUCACAUCGUUCUCAUCUGCCAAUCAAAAGUGACACGAAAUGGCGACGGGUUAUUGGGCGAAGAGCGAAGAAGAGAGAAACGAGUUUUGAUUAAGCAUCGCCGUUGCAUACCCGUGUCUCUCAUAAGCUAAUUGUGGGGGCCUCCUCUCUAACGACUAUGCAAAUUGAGCGAUUAGCAAGUUAGAUCGGAAUCCAUCGCUGGAGGACGGAGCGCAUCACUUGGCGCACAUGACUUGGUCCAAAACAGAAUUUACUUCUCACUCUCCAUCAGAAGGUAGCCUGACCUGACUUGCUCUAACACAACGUGGUCAGCGGCGAAAAUUCAUUAUUAUAUGAAUCGAUUUCCAACAUUGGAUUCUUCAUAGCUUGUUCGAAAGUCACGGGUGAUAAGACAUAUUUUUCUAUCAUCCUCGUCAUUUAACACAUUUUAUCGCACUUUGUGCAUUCAUUUUGAUCAACACGACUUCGCCAAUCUUCGUCGUUUUCCCAUCCGUCGCAAUUGUUUUUAUCUAAAGGUAGAUUGGAUAGUUGAGUAGCGGGAUCAAAGAAGAAGACUCUGGUAUCUUUCAUCUCGUGCCCGAAACCAGAAAGUGGUAGAGCGUGUACCCCUCUUGUUCCGCUUUGGCCGGUCUUUACGCGCUGUAAACCCCCUAAACGGGGACAAACAUUGUUGGACAUCGAGUGGAUGCGGACGUAUCUUAUUGGACUCCCUCCCUCUCGACUUCUCUGUGCUACACUUGAAAUAUAUUCACAAACACAUGAAUCUAAUUCAGAGCAGGAUUUCUAAAACUUGAAGUUCGUCGUUCUAUUUCUUACAUGGACAUGUGAACAUUAUUAUUGCUGAAUUGGGAGUGUUUCUCUGCUAAUUAUUCAACAGAGGAAAUAAAAGUGUUUCCUAAGAAAUUGAGUCGAACAUCAAGUGAUUAAACUUGAAGAAAGUUUGUUUAGAAACAGGGUUGAAAAGAGACAAUUGCAAACAUGUCUGCGGCGGAGUUAUUUCGACCGCCUAUCAGCGGACUCUCCUCAUCAACCACCACCACGACGUCGAAAUCGAGCUGUUUCUCGAUAGAGUCACUUGUAUCAAAAGACACAAAUCAUAACAAUAACCACCACCGUCAUCAUCGAGCGACUCCUACUCCACCGACAUCACCGCAGGCUGCAGCUACGGCAUCGACCAUGGAAUCAAACUCGUUAGCAUCGUCACCGUUCACGCCGCCGGCAACGAGCCGGCACGGCGGCAUCAUCAAGCCUAUGCCCACAGAGGCAUCCUUCUUUAACACUCUCAGUGGAAUGAAGGGACUCUACCACCCUGAGCCCAUCUAUCACACCGCCGCAGCGUCCGGGCCACCGUCUCACGUUGGCCCGAUCCAGCAUCAACUCGGACUCGCACACCAUCAUAAUAUGGCAGCCGCUGCUGCAGCGGCAGCAGCCCAGCACAAUCACCCGGCGCUGGCCGGGGUGUUCGGUGCACACGGUCUGGGAGGGCCAAGGCGCGAUGGCUUUGGUCUUUAUCCAUGGUUGUUGGCCAGGAAUCGCUUUCUUGCCGCAGGCCACAGACCAUUCCCAGGUGAUCUUCCAAACGGUGGAUUCUUUCUCCAACACCCCUUCAGGAAACCCAAGAGGAUCCGGACGGCGUUUUCUCCUUCCCAGCUCCUCCGACUAGAAAAUGCCUUCGAAAAAAACCAUUAUGUGGUUGGCGCAGAGAGAAAACAACUGGCAGCGAGUCUAAACCUCACAGAAACACAAGUCAAGGUAUGGUUCCAGAACAGGAGGACAAAAUACAAGCGAAUCAAAUCUGAGGAAGAAGGAGAAGAAGAACCCAAGAAGAAAGGAUCACAUCAUGUCAAUAGAUGGAGGAUGGAAACGCAGCAAUCUAUCGAAGAGAGGGAGAGGGAUUGAAACAGCGAAAAAAACUUACUUUUAGAGAUAAAGACGAAAUAUUUGCGAAGACAAUCCUGACUUUAGCAUAACGACUCUAUGAAGAGAUGUUUGAAACUGUGCACUAAAGAGAAGAAUUUCAACUUGAGUUUCCUGCUGUUUAUGGAACGCUAAACGAACGGGAAUCGUACACUGGGAGUGUGGACUUCAAGCUGCGUUCCUGAUAGGCGGAGACACCGUGAUCACGUGAUAAUUAUGGCGCCUAUAUACGUGCAGAGACAUAAGUGGCGCCGGUCUAGUAUGAUGUCCAUACAACCUGCAAGUCAUUUCAAUUAGACAUCUAUGUUAAUUCACGACCUUCACGAAAGCGGAGAGGCUUUUAAUACAUCCUGGUCCUGUGAUAUAUAAGCAAUUAUACACUAAAGCCUGGCUAGAAAGAAAUAUUUUUCUAUAGCCUGAUCAUUUUUUUUGUUGAAGAUUUUUUUUUGACACCUAAACGUGAUUGAGUAUACCUUUUCUUAACCUCUUGCCGAAUGUAUGUUGUAAAGUUUUACUUGAUUUUUUUUUUCUUUCUGUUAUUAUAUUGCUUAUAAGAUUUUACAAGAAAGAAAUCAAAAUUAAUUCUAUCAGCAACUGACCUAUACAUGGAUGUAUCAUGCCUCAUGUAAAAUCAAAAUAUGGCGUUAUUUAUAACGAAUAGAGAGACAAAUGAUAUUUUUUCACUGACACGUAUCAUAUUAAACCAUUUCCUGUAAAGUUAUUCAUAUUUUUAAUCGGCUGUGGAGAAUGAGCUCGCAUAACGUUUGAAACUGAGUAAUAUGGCAUUGUUGCAGAUUAUACCAGAUUGUAAUAUAAACCACAAUUAUAUUGCCAUGACAAUCAAUUUUUCGAGUUUUUUUCUUUCAUUUUAAUCCAAGGGCGACGAUUCGAAAUCAAUCAUGAUGCACGUAUUGUACUUGAAAGUAAUAGUGGUUUAUGACAAUUUUCAAUGUAGCAAACACAUCGCACCUUUACGCAACUGUAGUAUUUUUAGUAUAAUAUAUUUUGAGUCAUUUUAAAAUCUCUGCAGUGAUUACAUCCUUUAUUUCGAGCAGAAUGUAUAAUAAUCAGCGCUCAAUGCACCCUGAAUUAUUCCACAGCACGAACGAUGCAAAUAGGCAAUUUGAAUUGAUCAUUGUGUUUAUUCUGGUAAUUGUAUUAUGAUAGCAAUAAGUCACCACCUUUUUACCAUAACUAAAUCAAUUGUCCUUGGAAUGGCGAAACUUUAAACGGAGAAAAUUUGCAACAAGAGUGUGUAUUUUCUUGCUACAUUUAGUGGAAUCGUUCACUUGUUAAAUGCAGCGUAAAGUGAAAUCGAUUGGAACAUUUUAUCGCCUUCAUGAGCGGUUAUCGUGUCAACGGUAAAUGCAGGGAGGAGACGGGGCAGAAGACAACGAAGGGUUGGAAUUUGAAAUUGAAUUUAAGAUCGUGCCCAUUCAAGAAAGGAUGACGAAUUUUAAAGGCUAAUUCCCUGCUUGUUUUCUCACGUGGGCGCAAGUAAUGUUUAAUUCAUGGCCACCGCAGAGCUUCACCGUAAGGAAGACUCGGUCGCGGAGGAAUAUGCGGUGAAAGUAGGACUAUAUUACCUCGCCCGUAACAGCAUAUUGGCUACUCCGCCAUUCGAGUAAUUCUUAUUCUAACCUCUAAUUUCAGGACGGUGCAUUUUUAUUCGAUUCUGUAAAAUCCGUUAGUAACUUGCAUUGUUUGGUAUCAAAUGCUGGUAUGCCUAAUCUUUUAACAAUAAUUAGAUACUUUUUUAGAAUUCCAAUUUACUUUUUAAAGACGCUCUGUAAACCGCAUUGACCGCUUUUGAUUAUUGUUAGGACUGAGUUUCCAUGACGGUAUAAUUUAUUAUGAUAAAUUUCAAAUGUAAACAAUACCCAUACUUUGAAUUGAAACCUAAAUAAAAUGUGGCCCAUAUGUUAUAGUGUAAAGAGACAAUCACGGCUUAAAUUUGGUACAAUUCAUUUUGAUCUGUUAUAAUCUGACAUUUAUCAGAGUUUCUAUUAAUCAGUUAACAAGCAUAGAUGUUUGUAAACGUAUACCAAUUCCUCCUUGAUAAUUGAAAUAAAUGAUUCGUCAAAAUGUGUCGAAAAAUCGAAAAUCAGAGUAAUUAUGUUAAAGUUAGAUUUUCCAGAGUUAUAUUCAUUAUAUCCACCGUCGUCAUAACUGUUACUUCUCCUUAGCCAUUUCCUUAUUUAUUAUAUUUUAUUUUCCACGAACAAAAAAAAUUUGUUAUAUCAAAUUGACAACGCAGUAAAUCUCAAUGUUUGGACGGAUACAAUAACAUUGUUUGUUCUACAUAUUGCGCCUAUUGAACGGUACCCCAGAGCUUGCUCUCCCCCGGUCUCUCAGCCGCUCGACUAGCCUAGCUAAAAUUCGAUUAUAAUGAUGGCGAUUUCACGGUAAAUGUUGAAUCAGUAUUCUUACACACUGAACGAUGAUGGUGGAUAGUGAAGCUAGUCAAGAAAGCUUCCUGCUUUUCCCGCUAAUUUUCCUCCAUUCCUCUGGUCAAUUGGCGAGAAGGAAAAGGGGCAUUUAGCUACAGAUGUUAUUUCUUCAAACAGGGGUCGAUAAUGAUUCAUGCAUAAUGGAACUAAAGUCUGAUUACGCUCCCCUUCUCAAACACUUACUCCCCCCCUCUCUCUCCCCUCUCCCUCACACACUCUCUCUCUCGCUAUAUAUCUAUUCUCCCUAUUCUGUCCAUCUUUAUUUCUUGCUGUCUCCCUUUCUUUUUAAUUUUGUGUUUCUCUGGUAUUUUAUGUCGCCUCUUUCUCCCAAAAUCACCGUUCCCAAGCAAAACAAUCAUUGCUUUGCCGCGGUAAACUCGGUGUAUGAGGCAAAAUAAAUGUAAGCGUAGGUCCCAUUCAUGUUAAGUUGCUGUAAGUUCUCCAUACAUGAUUUGCUGUAACGAUUAUCACCUUGAAGUACAUGCUUUGCAUAGAUGAACGCUUGAUGAUUAUUUAUUAGAUUUUUUUUAGAAAGAUGAUGAUCUCAGGUUCUUGGUAUUGUACCAGUAAGAUGAAAAAGGAGUCUUUGUUAUCUGGGAGAAAAAACGUGUGAUUUUUCAAGGAGAUAGAAAUUGCUGAUUGUAUCACUUGUAAGAUGGCGUUGGAUCUGCUGAGGAAGAGGAAGAAAUUGUGAUUAUUUGAUUAAAAUCAAAUAUUUGACUUUGAUUGCAGAUGAGCUUUUUAUUACGAUCACGAAAUUAGCACGUUUCUAAACAGUGCACGUUGACAAACAUAUUUAUAGAGAAAUUCAAGCUGAAAUAUUAUGAUAAAGUCAUACCAUUUGCAGCAAAUGAACAUCGUAACUAUCACUAUUGUACAAUUCCUUAUGGUGUUUUUUCGUGUAUAGAUUUUAUUAAUUGAUAUUAUAUGUAUAUGGAGACAAUUAUUUGGUGCUUGUUAAUCUAUUUGCCCCAUAGGGGCGUUUUUUUGUAGCUAUAGGAAAAAUAUUCCGUAAUUUUAGUUGGAUUUGCUAAUUUGUCGGUAUUUUUCCAAUGGAGUUAUUGUUUCGAUUUCUUCAGUUUCUUUUCUCUACUUUUAAGCAUCUAUGUGCGGGUAAACACAGAGCUUGAUCGAAUAUUUCCGAGAGCUAAAAUUGUGAUAUAAGAAUGAUUAUGUACUAGCUUGUUUGGUGAAUUAUUAAAAGAUUCGAUUUUUCAUGGACCAAGGAGA